CACAAUUCAACUUGGCCUUUUUGUAUGUAUAUUCUUGUUUAGACAUGCCUGUCAAAUAUUACACCAACUUUAAAUAACAGAAAUAUACAGAAGAUAAUUUUCAAAACCAUGGAGUUCAAGUCGUCCAUUAACGAGACUACAUGGAAACUUUUCUCACUUGGAACCCUACUUGGGUGCUUCCUCCUUCUCCUCCUUGUAGACAAAAUUCACCAAAAUACUACUUUUUUUAGCACUAGAAACUAUAUGCUACAACUAAAUCCUUCUAAAUUACUUGAUUCACCAACUAGCAUGGUCAAACCUUUCGAACCUUCUAAUGUUACUCUUGAUAAUACUCCCACAGAUGAGAAGAACUUCGCCAUUGAUGACCACAUCGAUAUAGCAGUAAACAAGACUACAAAAAAGUGCAAUAAUUUGUUUGACGGAAGAUGGGUAUAUAUACCAGAAGAAACUCCUAAAUAUGACUCAACCACAUGUCCUUUCCUUGAGGAGAAGAUGAGUUGCCAGAAGAAUGGGAGACCUGAUUUUGAGUAUGAGAAGUGGAGAUGGGAAGCUAGAGAUUGUGAUGUUCCCUUGUUUAAUGGAUUACACAUGAUGGAAAGGCUUAGAAAUAAAAGAAUGAUCAUAGCCGGAGACUCACUUAACAGAAACAUGUGGGAGUCUCUUGCUUGCCUUCUCUAUACUUCCGUUUCUCCGUCUAGAGCUGAAGUCAAAGCUGAAAGCCCCGUCUACAAGAUUUUCAAAGCAAAGGAUUAUAACUUCACAGUUGAGUUUUAUUGGAGCCCAUUUUUAAUUCAUUUUGAUAGAAAUCAUAAAAGUGGCAAAAAAGUUAUUGUACUGGACAAGCUUUCACCCAAUUCUGAUGGGUGGCGAGGAGCUGAUAUUAUGGUAUUCAAUUCCGGCCAUUGGUGGGCUCAUACGGGCAAAUUUAAAUCGUGGGAUUUGUUUCAAUAUGGAGAUGACCUAAAGGAGGAGAUGCCAAUAGAGAAAGCAUACAAACGGGGAAUGAGAACAUGGGCCAAAUGGAUCAAGAGUAACGUUGAUCCCAAGAAAACAACCGUGUUUUUCAGGAGCAUUUCAGCUGAGCAUACACAACGGAAGUAUGAUCAAUGGUGCUACAAUGUGACACAACCUAUGGAUAGAUCAUAUUUAUCGGUUUACCCUAAAUCAUUUGUGGACACCAUUGAGGGCUUGAUCAAAAAAAUGAGCAAAUUGCAAGUAAAGUACUUGAACAUCACCAAGCUUACCGAGUAUAGAAUUGAUGCACACCCGUCCGUUUUCCGAAGCUCAGAUUGGAAAAUUUUAACCAAGAAAUUUGAAGAUAACAUUUCGGGUUAUGCUGAUUGUAGUCAUUGGUGCCUUCCUGGAGUACCUGAUACUUGGAAUAGAUUAUUAUAUGUUUAUAUGUUCUUUCAAAAAGAAGAUAUUUAAUGCAAUUAAGCAUCAUAUUUUUUUCUAA